AUGAAAGGAUGCAAAAUAUUAUUUGUUGCUUGCCUAGCAAGGUUAUGCACUUGUGGAGAUGUGGCGGAAGUUGUAUCCCUGUUGUCUAACUACACCCCGGUUCACCUAAAACUUGACGAUCCGAAUCAGCUGGGAGUAGAAACGAUUGAAAAUACCACAGAUGGUGUUACAUCAAUGUCAUUUAUACCGAUAACUCGACACUGCUUUGAUAGUGUUUCAGAAGAGGAUACAGAUAUAUGGAUUCCAGGUGAUGGGGAAAGAGCCGCAGCUGUUCAUAUGUACUACAGAUCAGCCUAUUACAAGCUGAUUAGUAUACAUACUAUAUCAAGAGGUUCGUAUUCCACUCUCUUCUUCGAGAAUAAAUCUGGGAAAUGGAGGCAAAUCAGAAAGAUGAAGUUUGAUACUGGAUUAGAAUCUCUCAAAGCGCCGCUAGAAGAUCCGGACAAACACGAUGAAUGCACGGAAGUUGAAGGAUUGAAAGCAGUAGAUAAUAAUACAAUCAAUAUAUUGAACCUUGAUGACGUAAAAGUACACAAACUAACCCGUAAUUUUGGCGAUGUGAGAUGGGUAAGAUACCGCAUAUCUGAGAGUUUUGAUAUUACAAAAAUUGUGGAUGGCUCCACUGACGUUUGGAUUGGAACUCCUGGUGAAAAGUGCCGUAUGUUCCAAAUGAUUUAUAAACCUUUAGAGCCUACAUUGCUUUCUGUUAAUGUGUUAUCCAAAAACAGAUCAACUUUCAUUUACUUUUAUCAGAGCAGUGACAAAUGGGAACCUAUGGAAUCAAAGGACUUUCACAUUAAAAUUCAUUCUAAUCUAAGAGAUAGCAGUGAAAAUUUAUCACAACCACAUUCAAGUCCAAAAUUUGGACUGUUCAAAGUUGAACCACCUUCCAAGUUUGGUUUAAGAUAUGGACCUGAGGAGUCUGCUAAACCCAAGUAUCUUGAAUUACAAAGGAUGAAUGGAGUAUUACCACAUGAAACUGAACAUAGAAAAUCGCUUGUUCCUAAAAAGUGUUUUAUCGAUGUCUCUUCAACAAUGAAAAAUUCUAUGUUUGAACAUGCAGAAUCUGACUCUUCGCCAUACAAGGUUAUCCGUGCACUUCCAGAGGUUAUUGUGGAUAGAGUAGUUGAUGGUAAUGAGCCAAUUUGGGAAUCUGUAGCAGAUCAAUCGUGUUUAUCUGCAUCACUAUUGUAUAAAGACGAACAUGUAAAGUUUGCAAAGUUAUCAGUUAAGGAAGAUUCUGAGAUAGCCGAAUUGUAUUUUGAAAAGAAUAAAGGUAUUUGGGUAUCCCAUAAUGAAGAAACGUACAAAUCCAAGGUUGAAGGAUUUUUGGGAGAGCUUGGUGGACUUGAAGAUUACUACAAUGCUUUACCUACAGCUUCUGCAUAUUUAAUUUCCGCAUUUUUAAUAUUAAUUUUAAGUACGGGCAUAUUUUAA